AUGGAUCAAAAUUCAUCAGAAAUUUUAGCGAAAUAUUUGCUGCAGCUACAGCCUUUAUCUAAAGAAGAACUUCUUGAUAAAAUUCGUGGGUGCAUUUAUGGGCAAGCUUUGGGUGAUGCUAUUGGUAUUCGCACAGAAUUUAAAAAAGCAGAAUAUUCAGCUAAUGUUUGAAAUAACACUCCUCUGUCUUUGCUAAAUUGGAAUAAGAAAAGAAAGAUUCCUGAAGGCGAUUGAAGUGAUGAUACAGACCAAAUGAUUGUCAUCCUUAAUUCCUAUCUUCAGUCAAGAGGUUGGAAUUUUCAAGAUUUCGCAGCAAAAUUAAGAGAUUGGAGGAACAAAGGCUUCCGUGAGCUAGGUGACAAAUCCGGCUUUGGAUGCGGCCAAACUGUAAGACGAACAAUGAGCCACAAAGAGUUUCUUAAUAAUCCCCAUUUAGCAGCACUUGAUGCAUGAAUUGGAGGGAAAUGCAACUUGGCAGCUAAUGGAGCUCUUAUGAAAUCAUGCAUAUUAGGAAUCAUUAAUUAUAACGACACCGAGCAAGUCAUUAGACAAACAAAAGAUAUUGGAAAGUGCACUCAUGCAGAUCCUAGAAGUCUCUCUGCAAGCAUAGCUCAAACAGUGGCAAUUUCAUUAAUGCUGCAAGGGUUGAGAGAUAUAAAUACAGUUAUAGAAGCUUCUUAUGAGCUCACAUCCAAUUUUCUUCAAAAUUAUACGAAUUCUUUAGACAGUGAAGUAAAUUCAAACUGUACGCCUGAAAAAAUAGCAGAAUAUAACGAGCAAAAGGAAAAUUUUGAAGAGAGAUUUAAUAUUGAGCUGUUAAGAAGGUAUAUGAAUAUUGAUCUUCCAGCUCUCUUGCCAAUUGAUGGGAAAGAUAUGGGGUAUGCUUAUAUUUGCUUACUCUCUCCUUAAAUUAAUAAAUAAUGUAUAAGCUGUAUUCAUUUAAAAGCUAAUGAUAUAUAAAUAAGCAAGAUUUAUUAUAUGAUAUAAUAAUAUAUUUUUAAUUAAAAAAACAACGUCAUAUAUACAUUUAUUCUUUAAAAGAUUUUAAAUUAACUCGAAAAAAUAAAAUUAAGCCUUUUUACAAAAAGAUCUUGUGCAUAUAAGAGGGAAUUAGGAUGUGCCUUUCAUACAUUAAGGCAAGAUAAUUUUGAAGAGGCUAUCAGAGAAAUUAUCAUUCAAGGAGGAGACGCAGAUACUAAUGCAGCUGCUGGCGGAGCAUUGCUAGGAUGCAAAAUUGGAUUUUCAGGGCUUCCUCAAAAUUUAGUGCAAGAACUCUUACAUAAAGACUGACUCGAAGAUAAAAUUACACAGCUCAUAAAUGCCCUUGGGAUUUUAAUAGAUUAA